AUGAUACCCGAUAUCAAUCCAAUAAUGCUUGUGAGCAUGAAUGAUGUUCUAAGAAUAAAGCAUGAAUUCAUGGAAACUACUUUUGAGAUAAUGGAAUCUUUGCAUGACAUGUUUGGGAAGCAAUCUAAUCAAAGCAGACAUGAGGUUGCUAGAACCUACAUGACUACUAAGAUGAAGAAUGGUGUUUCUAUGUGUGUACAUGUCUUGAGAAUGAUUAACGGGAUGCAUGAAGAAAAAAUAUAUGGGGUUGUCAUUGAUGAGUGUACACAAGUAAGCAUCAUAGUUGAAUCGCUCACUCCUACUUUCUCCGAGUUCACAACUAACUACAUUAUGAAUAAGUUGGAGUUUAACAUGACCCAGCUGUUGAAUGAUUUGCCGACAUUUGAGUCUCUUAACAAGACUAUAACUAAAGUGGAAGAGGAAAAUUUGAUUGAGGAGAAACACUCAACCUCUAAGGAUAAUACCAAGUAG